GGCUGGAAGUUUCUUCCAAUCCUGAGGGGGCAGCGGUGAGUCCGGCGGCGCUCGGGGUUGUUUCGCGGUCACUGCGGCUCCGUGUGUUUGUUGAAAUGGCGAAGUUUGGCGAUUUAAAAGCCUUUCUUGAAUCUUCAUUAAAUGAAAUCUUCCGUGCGACCGUCAGUGACAUUCUGGAUUCAGUGGAGCAAACAGUCGGCGAGUAUCAGCUUAAAAUUCAGCGAAUUGAGUCCGAAAAUGAAGAUCUGAGAAAACGACUUUGUGCAAAAGAAAAAAGGACAAAUUAUGUCAAAACAGAAGAUGAAGACUGUGUUGUGGCUCAGCUUGACUUCUCAAGAGACACUUUCAGCCAGACUUCAUCUGCUCAAAUGAGUGAAUACAAUGAUCAGACGAAGAUGGCUGGAGAUUUAGUGUGCAGCCGUACAAAGUCACAAACCACAGAUGUCACGCCGUUCCAACUAAACAAGGAUUGUGCAACAACAUAUUUAUUUGUAAAGGCCGACCCAGACACAGAGGACGGAUGUGCUGUUGACCUUUCAAAUCCUCAUGCUUCUCCUAAAUACACCAGUAAAGAAAUAAAAAUAGAGGAUGCUAACGAGAACGCUGACUCUGAACGUCACGCUUUAUUUAAACGUCCUUUAGAGCCAGAGAUCAACUCUAAUGACUGUGAUGUUAAAGUAACGGUAGUGUCAGACAAACACCUUUAUCAUGUUGAUGAGGGUGAGUGCAGCAGACGUGCAGCGUUGGAGGAGGAAGUACGGGAGUCACCGGAGCCCGAUAUCAUCUUUGAUGAAGAGUCCAAUCCAGACAGACUGUCCGAUGAGGGAUCUUCUGGAUUGCUUCAUAUGACGGCGUCGCCACCAAACUAUUCCUGCGGUCAGUUUAACAAGAGCUUCAAGCACAAAACACAGAUUCAACUCGUGAAUGGCUUUCAGAACAAAUGCUGUCGUUAG